GGGCGCCACCGAGCGCGGACCUCCCUCGCAUCCUAGAGCGGCCGCGCGGGACCCGGCCGGCGGCGUACUUCCGCCCGGGCGCAUUGUAGGCCCGCGGACAGCUGGGCCAGGGUGCGGGCCUGCACCUCCCUCGGCUCCUGGCGCGGGCCUCGGGGAGAGGCUCUAAGAUGGAGGACGGCGAUAUCUGCCCUAGGCACACCACAGAGUGAUUGCAGGGUUGACACUGCCUGCCUGAAAACGAAGGAGCGCCGGUUCUCAACCCGGCAGCCAGUAGAAUCGCUUGGGAAGCCUCCAAAUGUUGAUGCCCCAUCAUCACCGGGGAAUUGUGAUCUGCGGCCAGGACCGAGAUCCACGGGCCCAGAGUGAAAUGACAGUACUGUGAUCACGACUGGAAUACGCACUUUGCCGAACGUGGAUCACAGUCUUGAGAAAGCAAGCAGCUGGGUUUUUGUUUUGUUUUUUUUCCAAGAAGACAGGGACCUAAUCUGGUUUGCUCGCAUUUAAUUCUUAGUGCCUAGAAUGGUGCAUGUCCCAAAACAUGCACCAUUGAUUAAAUAAUUUUUGAUUACUUCCCGACCUGUUUGGAGGGUUUUCAUUAUAUUUGUUUUUAAAUUAUUAUGGAAACCUUCAAGUCAUAUAUGAAAAUUGAAUAGUAUACUGAACUCCCAAUUCAGAAUCAGUUCUGUUUCAUCUGUUACCCUCUCCCCCACUGUAGUAUUUUAAAGCAAAUCUGAAAUGUACCAUUCCAUCUGUUACCUUGUUCAUGUUUAUAAAACACAAUAACACCGUUUUAAGAGAUAAAGCCAUUAUCAGUGUAUUAGCAUUUCAUUUUACCCUCUACUAUCCAGUCAGCAUUUACAUUUUCCUAGUUGUCUCUCUCCUCUUACCCAGUUUGUCCAAAUCAGUAUCCAAACAAUCUACACACGUUAUAUUUGGUUGAUGCCUCUUAGAUCUCUCUUAAUCUUUUUCCCUCGCUCUUUAUUUUGUUCCCUGUAUUUUACUUGAACAAGUCAUUUGUACGGUUCACGUUUUCUACAUCCAGGAUUUUGCUUUUUCCAUCUCUGGUAUCCUUUAAUAAGCAGGUAUUUAGACCUGCAGCCUUUUUCAGGUCAGGUUCUAUUUUUUGGCAAGAAAACUUAAUGGGGGAUUACUGUGUUUUUCACAUUGUAUCACACGAGGAAUUAGAUAGCAUCUUGCCUCUCUUUGUGGACCUUUUAUGUACAAGUAGCACCAUAGGGUAACAAUUGACCAGGGAAUGCCAGCAAAUACAUGCAAAAGAAAUGAGAGAAUAUCACCUUUUGGCAACCCCUAAUGAAAUAAUGGAUCCUGGCAAUGAUCACUAGUGGCUGUUAACGUCAGAAAGAGAGACAGCUAGACAAUGCGUGCUGCCUAAUGGGGGUACUUCCAUUAGACAGCACACCGUUUGUCUUAUCAAGUAUUCUUGGAAUAAUGGGGGUGGUGUGUAUAGGUGAAACAUGAUUGCCUGUGAGUUAACAGUUGUUGAAGUUCAAUGAUGGGUGUAUGGCAUUACAUUGUGCUAAUCUCCACUUCUGUAUGUGUCUGAAGUUUUUCAGAAUAAAACUUUUUUUAAAAAGAUUGAUUAGUUGAGUACUGAGUUUAGGUCAGCCUGAUCCAUACAUUGCAGUUCUCUGUUAGCCUUUCACUAAAUGAUCCUCAAAUCGGACUCCAUGUUAGGAUCACAGGAGAAGGCUUUUUAUUUUAUUUAUUUAUUUUUUAAUACUAAAACAUGUCUCACUUGCAGAAUUUCCUAUCUAAGUGUUCUGAGAUGGAGUCCAAUUAUUGAUACGGUUUUUUGUUUUGUUUGGGACUACAGGUGUAUGCCACCAUGCCCAGCUAAUUUUUUAUAGAGACAGUCUUGCCAUGUUCCCCAGGCUGCUGUUGAACUCCUGGCCUCAAGCCAUCCUGCCACCUCGGCCUGCCAAAGUACUGACUUUACAAACAGGAGCCACCAUACCUGACCUUCACUGAUAUGUUUUAAAAGCUCUCCAGGGUGGAAGAUGUCUAUGGAUGUGACAUUUCUGGGGACGGGUGCAGCAUACCCAUCUCCAACCCGGGGUGCCUCUGCUGUGGUCCUUCGGUGUGAAGGCGAGUGCUGGCUCUUUGACUGUGGUGAGGGAACACAGACACAGCUUAUGAAAAGCCAACUUAAAGCAGGGAGAAUUACCAAGAUCUUCAUCACACACCUUCAUGGAGACCAUUUCUUUGGCCUUCCGGGGCUCCUCUGCACAAUCAGCCUGCAGAGUGGCUCCAUGGUGUCCAAACAGCCUAUUGAAAUCUAUGGCCCUGUAGGGCUUCGGGACUUUAUCUGGCGAACCAUGGAACUCUCUCACACGGAGCUGGUCUUCCAUUAUGUGGUUCAUGAACUGGUUCCUACAGCGGAUCAAUGUCCUGCAGAAGAACUAAAAGGAUUUGCGCAUGUGAAUAGAGCAGACAGUCCUCCCAAAGAGGAACAAGGAAGAACUAUCCUAUUAGACUCAGAAGAAAACUCAUACCUUCUGUUUGAUGAUGAACAGUUUGUUGUAAAAGCAUUUCGCCUCUUUCACAGAAUUCCCUCAUUUGGGUUUUCAGUCGUGGAAAAGAAACGCCCAGGUAAACUCAAUGCACAGAAACUUAAAGACCUUGGUGUUCCGCCAGGUCCUGCCUAUGGGAAGCUGAAAAAUGGAAUUUCUGUUGUUCUGGAAAAUGGGGUUACAAUUUCUCCCCAAGAUGUCUUAAAAAAGCCUAUUGUUGGAAGAAAAAUCUGCAUAUUGGGUGACUGCUCUGGGGUUGUGGGUGAUGGAGGAAUAAAGCUGUGCUUUGAAGCAGACCUGUUGAUCCAUGAAGCGACCCUGGAUGAUGCCCAGAUGGACAAAGCAAAGGAGCACGGCCACAGCACACCACAGAUGGCAGCAACAUUUGCAAAGUUGUGCCAUGCAAAGAGGCUGGUUCUGACUCACUUCAGUCAGAGGUACAAACCAGUUGCCUUGGCCAGAGAAGGAGAAACAGAUGGCAUUGCAGAACUAAAAAAGCAAGCUGAAUCAGUGUUAGAUAUCCAAGAAGUGACUCUAGCAGAAGAUUUUAUGGUGAUAAGCAUUCCAAUCAAGAAAUGAAACCAGUGUUCCUGCGUACACACUGACAUGUCUGUGAAUAUGUUACUGAACCUAUAGUCCAGUUUUUUAUUUCUUGUUUUAGUCUGAAAUUAUUUGGGCCCUAAUAAUCCUAAAAAGAAUGGAGCUGCUCAGUAUUUAAAGGGAGCAAGCUUUUUGAUAAUAAACCUUUUUAGAGAAAAAAAACCCCAGCAUCCUUUUUAAAGUCCAGAUUUGUCAAAAUGAUAGACUAUUCAGGUGUACGUCUUAUUUUGUGCUACUACCACAGAUAGCCAAUAUUUCAUGCAGUCCUGGGCUUAGCUUCUGCCCAGCUUUAUUGCUGCUAUUGGCAAAGAGCACAGGACUCAGCCCUCGUGGCUAAAAAUGGUAUCUUGGCAGUUUGUAUUGAAUCUGUUUGUGUUAUUAACAGAAGAGGGAGAAAUGUCAUGAGACGUUGGAUACGCAGGAUUGACAAUAGCAUGACCAUAACUUUGCUGGAAUACUGAAUGCAGGAUUUGGCUAGGUGUUUAUUUUAACAUUUUAUUAAACUUUCUAUUUGGCUCUUAACCCAUGGUUCUCAGCUGGGGUGACACUGCUCCUCUAGAAGCAGGUUUGAAAUUAUGGGUAUGUUUUCUUGUCACAGUGAUUGAGUAGGUGGUGAUAGUGGUGGUACUACUACUACUGGUAUUUAGUCAGCAGGGAUCAGGGAUGUUAGAUGUCCUGCAAAGUUUUGGUCAGUCGUAUACAAUAAAGAAUCAUCUCACCCCGAAAUGCAAAUUGCAGGCCCAUUGAGAUACACAGCAAGUUAAAGUUUAUACUCUUGAUGUGAAUAUAGUUUACCAAAAUUAGUGACAUAAUGAGUCGAAUUACUAGGUAAGUCAAAUCCUAAAGAGUGAAUAUGUUAGAAUUGUAAUGUCAUACCAAAUAACAUUCAAAAGAAUUGAGCCAUCAAGUGAAGCUUAUGAACCUGGAGGUAAAAAAUGCUUAUCUAUUAAACAGGUUUCAUUUAUGUGUCCCUAUUAAUAAACAUUAUUUGCUCCACAAUGUUUCUUAAAACAUGCUCCAUGGAAAGCUAGUCUUGAGUGCUGAUUCACUCAGAGGGGCUCCUCAGUCAAGUCAGUUUGGUAAACACAUUAUUGCUGUCUGUCCUUCUAGGAGUGGUGUAGCGCCCAUCAACAUAUUAAAAACAGUAUUGCUUCAAAUGAUCAUAAA